CUGGCCUCAGAGCUGUCCUUCUUGCAGGAGCCCACUGAUGUGAUUGCAGUGAGAGAUCGUCCACUCAUGCUGGACUGUCGGGUACAAGGCGAGGAACCGAUCAUGAUCACGUGGCGUAAAAAUGGAGUGCCUUUACCCAAUGGCCCGCGGGUUCGGGUGCUGGAAAAUGGCACUCUGUUGAUCCAAAGCUUCCAGAAACGUAGAGAGGGCAGUGAUGCAGACAUGGGCGAGUACGAUUGUGCUGCCCAAAACCGCUACGGCAUGCUGGUCAGUCGCAAGGCUAAAGUUCAUCUGGCAUCUCUUCCAAAGUUCCACACCCACCCAGUGUCCAUGUCUGUGGAUGAGGGAGGUGUUGCUCGCUUCCAGUGCCAGAUUAACGGAGUUCCUGAAGCCAAAAUCACGUGGGAGAGAGACAGAGUGCUGCUGAACACCACCGACAGCAGGUACACUCUCCUACCGAUGGGGAUCCUCCAGGUGACCGGCGUCAGACAGGCGGACGCUGGAGUUUUCCGCUGCGUUGCCACCAACAUCGCCAACACUCGCUACAGCAGCGAGGCCACGCUGAACGUCACUGGUGGAGCUCCCAGAACCUACAAGGAGCCGAUCAUCCUGUCGGGGCCCCAGAACCUCACCAUCACUGUCCAUCAGACGGCCAUCUUGGAGUGCAUUGCCACAGGAAACCCAAGGCCUAUUGUCUCCUGGAGCAGGCUAGACGGACGCUCCAUCGGGGUGGAGGGGAUCCAGGUUCUGGGCACGGGGAACCUGAUGAUCUCAGAUGUUUCCUUGCAGCACUCUGGUGUUUACGUCUGUGCAGCUAAUCGUCCGGGCACCAGAAUGAGACGCACUGCACUCGGACGCCUCGUGGUACAAGCUCCUCCUGAGUUCCUGCAGUGGCCACAGUCUGUGUCCAAGCCAGCAGGGGGCAGUGCAGUGUUCACCUGCGUGGCCCAGGGUGUUCCUGAGCCUCACCUCAUCUGGCUGAAGAACGGCAAGGUGCUGAUGCCUGGACAGAACGUAAAGCUGACCAACAACAACAGCACUCUGGCUCUGACCCGGAUCACCUCAGAGGACGAGGCCAUCUACCAAUGCAUUGCUGAGAACAGCGCUGGUACCAACCAGGCCAGCGCACGUCUGGCCGUGGCUCAGGCCAAAGACCUGCCUGCUGCCCCUGCAGGGCUCCAGGCCAGCUCCCUGUCCACCAACACGCUGCAGAUCACAUGGAGCCAGCCGCCCGCCAACGUCACGGAGGGCAUCAUCGGAUACGUGCUGCACAUACGCAAACUAGGAGAGCCUGACAGUCUGGAGCUGCAGGAAGCCAUCAGUAAAGGCACCUUCCAACACGACGUGACCAACCUGGAGGCAGCCACCACCUACUCCCUCUACCUGAAGGCCUACUCUCCAAUGGGAGCCAGCCAGCAGUCCGGCACCGUGGUGGCUACCACACUAGGGGGUGUGCCGACACCACCCACCUACUUCACCAAGGUGAUGAACUCCAGCGCCGUGCAGGUCCUUUGGGAGUUCCCCAGUUCGGCCGGUAAGGCUGAGGGCUUCAGACUGUCCUACCGAAGGGUCCCCCAGCCCGAAUACCAAGGGCCAGUUCAGCUGCCCUGGCACGUCAACGCCCACACCAUCUCCAACCUGGAACCUGGUGCCGUGUAUGAAGUCAAGCUGGUGGCCUACAAUGGAAACGGGGAGAGUGACUGCUCCAAGAGACUGGUGUCACUGGCAGAGGAAGGCACGAGUGACCAAAGCACUGGAGGAAGCAGUCUGUGUCAGUGCCGGGAUGGAGAGGCCUCUCUGGGCAGUAUUGUCAUCGGCAUCCACAUCGGCACCGCCUGCAUCAUCUUCUGUGUCCUCUUCCUCAUGUUUGGAUACCGGCGCAGUCUGUUUUGCAGCAAAGGGACUCAGGAGAGCUGGUCUGUACAGAGAGUCAACACAGGGCUCAACGGCAUCCCUAAAGAUGAAGGACAGCACUCCAGAGCGGAGUCUCAGAUGGUGUGUCCAGCGCAGUGCCAGGUGAUGAUCGAGCAGCAUUCAUCAGGUUUGCAUGGGCGGGCGCUGGCUAGCACUGGGCAGUAG